GUGAAUAGUUAUGUAACAGUAUUUCUUUAUAAAAAUGUCUUUUAUAAGUGUUUUUGUAGUGGGUUUGUGACAAGACGUCGAACACUUGGAUAUUGAACAAAUACUUCCCGAAAUUUAAAACUAUACUAACAACAAAACACUUAUAUAUUAUUAGUUUAAUGUGGAAUCUAAAACUAUAAUACAUAAUUUAUUAUAUAUUAUUUAAUAUUAUUAUAUUUUAUUAAUGGCUUGAAGUUGGUGCAAACAAGUUUUGUUUGCUGUCAACUUUGGACAUAACUGUCACCCGGCAUUUAAAUAUUUAAUUUUUAUAUAUUUUUACUAUAAUUACUUUAUAUAUCAGCAAUUAAUGUGAUUUAUAAUCAAACUUUAUACAUAAUUGUGCAACAUGGACGUAACUCGUGAAAAUUUCGAACAAUUACUUCCGAGUAUCCAAAACGAUAUCGACAAAGCUACUUUUAUAUCAAUUGAUGGCGAAUUCACAGGCGUCACAUCCUAUACAGAAUUGACACCUUUUGAUACAUUAACCGAGUACUAUACAAAAUUCAGAACCGGUUCAAAAGACCACUUACUAAUCCAACUAGGACUGUCUAUAUUCACAUACGACGAUGAUACCAAGUCUUAUCGAAACAAAUGUUAUAACUUAUAUGCUUUUCCAAAGCCUCACAGUCGACAGGCUGCUAAUUUUAGUUUUUUAAGUCAGACCUCUUCAAUGAUCUUUCUUGCGGAACAAGGUUUUGAUUUUAACAAACUGUUUAGAUAUGGUAUUCCUUAUUUGACAAAGGAUGAGGAGUCUUAUCUUUAUGAGCAAAUGGAGGAGAAAAAUAAAUUGCGGGAGGCAGGGAAUUUGAAUGAACAGAAUCAUAUAUCUGUACCUGAUAAUGAUAAAGAAUUUGUGGACAAAAUCAGUAAAAAUGUUGAAGAAUUUUUGGAGUCUGAAGAAAACGAAUUAAUACUUGAUCGGUGUAAUUCAUUUUUGAGACGAUUGCUGUAUCAAGAGCUUGAAGCAAGAUUUAAAAAUAAGUUAUUUUUAGAAACACGAACAUUAGAAAAUCACAAUGCAGUUCUCGUAGUACAAAAGGCUUUAACGCCAGAACAAUUAGCUGAAAAAGAAGCUCAACGAAAAGAACGUGAGCAAUGUGAAUUAAAAGAAAGUGUUGGGUUAAGUCGGUUGAUUCAAUAUCUUUCUCAAAGUGGAAAACUAAUAGUUGGUCACAAUAUGCUUCUGGACAUCAUGCAUAUAAUAAAACAAUUUUUUGGACCUCUUCCUGAAGAUUAUCAAGAUUUUAAAGAUUUGGUACAUGAUUUGUUCCCAAGAAUAGUUGAUACAAAAGUUUUAUCAAACGCACCAGUAUUCAAAGAUAAAAUCAACUCAAGUGUUUUGGGACACUUGUUAGCAACUUGUUCAGAGGAGCCUUUUAAAAUUCCUACAAUAGAACAGGAUAACAAAGAGUUCGGUUACAAAGAUAACGAGAGCAAAGAGCACGAGGCUGCCUAUGAUGCUUUCAUCACUGGCAAAUGUUUUUUAAGUAUGGUUAAUUAUUUAAAAAAUACUGAAGAUGAAAAUUGGAGUUUUGAUUUAGAAGUUAUAUCACCGUUUAUAAAUGCUAUACACUUGAUGCGAUUACACGACAUUCCGUAUAUGAAAUUAAACGGCAAAGACGUUGUUCCUUCACGAAAUCAUGUGUUCCAUGUGACUUUUCCCAAAGAAUGGAAAACUACAGAUGUUUCUCAGUUGUUUAGUGCAUACGGAACUGUCCAAGUAUUUUGGCUGACAGAUGGAACUGCUUUUGUAGCUUUGCACAGGAAAGAAAAUGCUUCUGCAGCUUUAAAAGCAUUUUCCAAAAACACUUCAACAAAUUAUAAAGUGCAAUCGUAUUAUCAGUACAGAGGAUUAAAUCAAGGACCGGAUUUAAAUAACACACCAAAGAAUCACAAAGUGGAUUUGAAAGCAGGCAGUCAUUUGUCAUCGAAGGAUGAAGUUUUGUGCAAAGUUGGACAAAAGAGGCGUUUACCAUCAGAGUCAUCAUCCCAAGCGAAAGAAUUUUCAUUCAAACCUUCAGAGCUUGAUAAAUACGGUCCUUCAACAAAAGUACCAAGAAAAGGUUCAAAAUCAGAGUCCGAUGCGGAAAAAAACCAAAAGUCUUCUAGUGGAGUCUUUAAUAUAAGUGACGAUUGGAAUUGACUGAAAAAUUUGUAAAAAAAAAUUGUACAAAC